CGGACGUCAGUGUCAGUUGUCAGUCGCGGACGACGGGCGCGUGUUGUGUACGUGUUGUAUUUCGCAGAGUUCGGAACAUGGCUCUGCUCAGACGGCUUGCGGUGAACGCGCCCCGGAAUGUACGUGUGCUGUCCUCCUCGCCUCCGUCGCGGGACGACCUCGACCUUAACUUCAACAGCCCCAAAGAUGCGUUCAAAAGUAAGAAGACGAGCGAACUCGUGCGGGCGUAUUUCGUGUACCAAAUAUGUUCGGUGAACUGGCUGGUGGAGAACAAUGAUAUGUUGAUGAAGAGGCUGCGUCAGGUGGUUGGCCAGCGAAUGUUCGAGUUGAUCAUGAAAGCUACCUUCUACGGCCAGUUCGUCGCUGGCGAGGACCAAAACACCAUCAAACCAACCAUUGAGAGAUUGCGUUCUUUUGGAGUGAAGUCCAUCUUGGAUUACUCCGUGGAAGAGGACUUGUCACAGGAGGAGGCGGAGAAGCGAGAAGUGAGUGGUAGGCUCGAUGAGUUCGACACUCGACUUUUCAAUCUAGAAUCGAAGGUGUCAGAGUUUGAUAAGCUCCAGGACACAGUCCUCUCACUGCAAUCUGAGUUAGCCUCAGCAAAGCACGAGUUUACGUCUCAAGAUCAGCGGUCCCGGUUAAAUAACGUGGAGAUCAAAGGAGUGCCCCUCAAGAAGGAUGAGAAUUUAUUCUCAAUCGUCGAAGCCAUCGGCCGGAAAAUCAAGCAUAAUUGUCCUAAGGCCCAGAUUAAUUACAUCUCUAGGGUGCCUAUACAAAACUCUAAGGAGAAAUUAGUAAUAGUGAGCUUUCUGAAUAGUGCUUCCAUAUCAGCAUGCGGAGACAAGGAGGAGGAGGGCCAGCUUAAGCAGUACCACGUGGAGCAGAGGUUCGCUGACCGUCGGUACAAGGUCACCAGCGCCAGGACCUACUUCUACCUCAACGAGGCCUCUUGCAUCACCAAAAGCACAGGUCUGAUGGCCGUCAAGCUGACAGCUCUCGGCAGGCCGCAGUUACUUCUACAAUUGUCAGAAGUGAUCAUGCGCGCGCGUAACUACAUGCAGCAGAUCGGUGGAGGUACUGGCAAUGUCCUGACCCACCAUAAGACCAUUGAGGACUUCCAGCGGUACUUCGGAGACCACAGCUCCAAGCCGGAGGUUCAGGAGUUCAUGAAGAAGAUCACCUCGGAUAAGGAGGGAAUCGUCCAUUUGUUCCCCUGGUCGAACAUUUUGGACGAGGACAUGAACUUGUCCGAUUCGUUCCGAGUUCCCGACCCUAAGACCGGUCAGAUGCGUCGUCUGAUCUCCCAGAUCUCGCCCAAGGAGGAGGAGAUGUUCCGAAACAUGCUCCGAAGGCUGAACCACAUCAUCAAGAUCGCCAACGACGCUGACGUCAGGAUCAUGAUUGAUGCGGAGCAGACGUACUUCCAGCCAGCGAUAUCUAGGAUCUGCUUGGAGAUGAUGAGGAGAUACAAUAAAGAUAAGUUCCUAGUGUUCAACACGUACCAGACGUACCUGAAGAACACAUACCAGGAGAUCCUGACUGACCUGGAGCAGGCGCAGCGACAGAACUUCUACUGGGGAGCCAAGCUCGUGCGCGGCGCGUAUAUUGAACAGGAGCGCGCCCGUGCCGCUGCGAUGGGCUACGACGACCCAACCUGCGAGAAUGUGGAGGCCACCACCGUGUCCUUCCACAAGUGCCUCAAGGAGAUCCUCAGCAGGGUCAAGGGACCCAACAAGGAGCGCCUGGGUAUAAUGGUGGCGUCCCACAACGAGGAUACAGUGCGGUACGCCAUCCAACUCAUGAAGGAGCACGACAUCAAGCCGGAGGACAAGGUCGUCUGCUUCGGACAACUGCUCGGCAUGUGCGACCAUAUCACCUUCCCGCUAGGUCAAGCCGGUUACUCCGCUUACAAAUACGUACCAUACGGCCCGGUCGUCGAGGUCCUGCCCUACCUCUCCCGGCGGGCGAACGAGAACCGAGGCUUCCUCAAGAAGAUCAAGAAGGAGAAGAAACUCAUUCUCAAAGAAAUCGUCCGCCGAGUGGCUACCGGCCAAAUGUUCUACAAACCUGUCGGGCACUAUACGCCCGUGUAAAUAUACAACUUAAGUCCACGUGUUAUAGUCUAAUUUACUUUGCGGGAUGUUGAGAUGCCAAUGUGACGCGGCGUGACUUGUGAGUAGAUCUAGUCGCAAUACAUUUGAUGCGUUAUCGGGGAUGUAAGAACGAAUGGAGUUACUCGGUUGCGAUUUAUCGAUAUUUUUUGGUGGACGACUACAUCACUAUGAAGGCAUGAACCGUUUUUCUUACACGUUAGGGUUAAGAAAUGUCAAUGAUUAUUUCAAAUAUCGAUAAAAUCGUAUCGAGUUCCCCUGGUAGUAGUUUGUCUGUGAUUGAUUGUUGGUAAUUCGGUUGUCUAGGAUGAAUAUCCUUAAAACCUAUUUCGAACAGAUAUUUCUAAUAAGAACACAAUGUUUGUGUAGGUAAAUAUUUAACUAAUAUAGGUAAAUUAAUCGAGUUUGAUAAAUGUAACUCAGGUAUCGUAAUCUUGUCAUUAAAGUUAAAGAAGAUGUAAUUAUUAUCAAUUAAUUAAGUUUAUUUAUCAGGCUCUUUGAAUACCAAACUGUUAAGCUUAGAAAUGAUCAUUUGAAAGAGGUUUUACUAUCGACAACAAUGGCGGUUGUCAAAUAUUGGCGGGAAAAUAGAAAUGAAUUUUAAAAUGUCAAUCAUACAAGGUUAUGAGUUAAAGAACUGUACAUAAGUCAAUAGAGCGCCCGGUGUGCUGAAUAAAAUAAAGGAUCUGAAAUUUAAACGCCAAAGUAUAUAAAACAUACUGAUUAAAGUGGAUGAGGAAUCAUUCGUGUUAUAAUUAAAACAAAUGUACUUACUCUCGUAUCUUGUAUCAAUACUUAAUGAUAAACAAACAGGAUUUGUAAAUAUUUGUCUUUAGUCAGUGUUGCCAGGAAUCUCUAUAAGGCAUAAAAACUUGGCUUAAAUCUACAAAAUUAAUUCAAUAUUACCAGUAAACAAAAUGACUGAUCUACAAUGGCAACACUGACAACCAUAUUCAUAAAAAGAACGAAGUAACAAAAUCGGAAACAGUAUUGAUUGUAUGCUUCUUACAGUAUUUUUAUUUAUUAACGUAUGUAUAUUAUUAUUUAUCGACGCUUAUAAUUAUAGUGUUAAUAUCGAACUUAGGUCGCUGUUUAUAAAUAUGUAGGAAGUUAAAAUAUUUUAAAAAUAAUAAUAAUUGAGGAAAAAAUCGUAUGCGUUGCAGACAUUUUGAAUUUGAAACGAAGUUAGUUAUGCAAUGGAAUAUUGUUUAGAAGGUUCUACAAAAUUGUUUUAUCAAUUAUUUCUGUUCAAAAUAAUUCUUUUUUUAAUAACAUGAGAUUUCGUGCGUGUCGUGUAUAGGAACAAUGCCGUAGUAAUUCAUCGUUUCGGCUCGCAUUUAUACAAUAUUUGUACUCAAAUAUUUUACAACAGAAACGUCCUUAGAAACUAGUCAUUUCUACUAGUUUAUUUAACAACUGUUUUAUUUUAUUAGGGCGAUUAAAUAAUAUGCAUUUUGAUGUUCCACGCGUACUUUUAAUAAGUUUUUAAUCAUGUAAUUUAUUGUCGAAUUAAGGUAAACCUGUUUUGUCUUGUGUGGGUUGCCGCAGUUAAAAAUAAAGACGUCUUUGUUGCAGUUUUUGACUGUGUGUAACCCGCAUUACAAAUUAUAGAUGCGGUAUGAAAAAAAUGGUUUCCGAAAUGAUUCAUUUUUGUAUUUAAUAUGAGGAAUAGUAGAAUGGACAUUGCAUUAUUCCGUCGAUUGUUUUUGAAUAGAUAUUUUGUACGUAUUUGUAUUUAACCGUAGUUGUGCUCAGUUCCUAUUUAGGUACUUAUCAAGUCUAUGUUUGUCACACACGCCGACUUUUUUUUAGGCGCACGAAGCUAGAUCUGUGUCGGUCCUAACUUUUUACAGAAAAAACAAUAUUUUGUUGAUUUAGUAUUAGUUCAAUCAACGUGCAUACAUUUUAAAAAUGUUAUGUACGUUUAUUUUAAUCCUCGAAUUGUGUUUUUUGUUUUUGUAAACGUUUAUUUUGUCCACGAUUUUUUAUUUAUUAAUUUGUGAACUGUUUAUAAUUUUUUCCUUGCGCUAAUUAAUUAUUAUUGUGAUGCUAUUUUUAGAUUAUUUUACGGAUAGACUUUUAAUAAAGACAAACUUGUUUUGAUAUUUUUCUUUUAUUUUUGGUUUCCUUUUUUCC